AUGGAGUACCACGCCGUGCCGCCAGAGGAGCGCGCACGAGAUGAGAACGGCAACAUGCUGCCCUGGGGCUACAUCUACAAGGAUGAGUCUCGCAACCCCCGCCGACCCGUCGAAGAACAUGGACCUUUCGGCAAGAGGAGGAACACCCGCUGGGACAACGCCCGCUCACGAACCCGCACCGGCACACCCGCUAAGCGCGAGAACCCCAGCGUAGCUGAGUUCGGCCAGCUCUUCGCCAAGCAGCAAGAAGAAGAGAAGGUACCGGGAAUCCCGAAAUCCACAUCUUCGUCCAGUCUGGACAACUCGCGCAAACAGGUCGAUAAUGGCGCCGCGACCGAGUGCGUCCUCCGUGGAUACCGCUCCAAGGAGAUGGAGUGGAAGGUCAUUGACAAGUACGAGCGUAUCUCGCAAGGCAUGAUCUGUGAAGAUUACCCACGGAGCGACCCCAACGCCUCGCAAUACGGCCAGCUCUUCAGCGGCGACGUCGUCAUCCGCAAGAACCUCUCCGCCGAGGCGAAUCGCAAAUCCAAGCGCUAUGAUGGCGGCUUCCACUGGAUCAAGGUCACCUUUGACUCACCGUCGGCCGCUGACCGCGCGAUGUUCUACUCCCCGCAAGAAAUUGACGGCUGCCUCGUUGCCUGCGAGCUGUACGUCAACCAUGGAGCCGUAGAGGAUGUACCAAUCUUCAAGGACUCGGUGGAAUCGCAAAGAUUGCAUUCCAAGGCCAACCGAACCCUGACCACCGCACACUCGACUGCAUUCCUCAGCAGCCGCGAGAACAGCAGCCGUGGCGUGGCGACCCUUCCUCGCUCCUUCGCCAUGAACAACCUCGCCGCCACGGUAGACGGAACCCCCGAAGAAGAGGAGCCCUCUCUCAACGAAUCCACAACCACAACAGCCACCUCCGGCACAGCGACAGCACCUCUAACCACGAAUAUGGGCGCAUCGAGCAGCUUCGCAACCUCUACUUCCACGUCCAGCCUCAACAAACGCAAAUCAAUCGGAGGCGAUGAGCCUCAACCCGAAUCCGAAUACAUGACACACAUCCCGACCGUGAAGAGGGUAAAACUCCGUCCAUUCACCGAGGCCUUGGCACCCUCACCCACACUCUUCGAGCGCAUCCUCCGCUCCAUCCCGAUCCUGAGCUGGUUCACCGGCGACAUCGUCGGCGAAGGCCCGAUGAUCCGCGAGGACGGAACAUUCGACAACGACCGGUCGAACAUGUACUGGCGAUUCUGGUACAUGAUCGAUAUGAUCUUGGGUACGGAUAUGUGCGGAUUGAAGGAAGAAUCUUGA